AUGAAAAGGAAGCGUGGCGUCUCGGUAUACAUGGUUUCCGGCGACGACGAGGGAGCUAUCCAAUAUCUGGUGUCCGAGCUCAGCAUCCUCAGCGACAAUGUGCGCGCCCGCAGCUCCCCGGCCGACAAGAAGGACUGCAUCCAGAUGUUCCUCGGCCACACUGCCACAGGUCGCGAGAAGGCGGCUCUCAUCGCCGUCCUCGUCGUCGUCUUCUGCGGCGACGGCAACCAACGACGCCGUCGCUAG